AUGGCCAGGUCACACAGCUCCGAAAAUUUUCCGAACGUUCUUCAAAAAAUAGGAGUGACAGUUUAUUGUUACUUUAUUUAUUGAAAAUAAAAGUGAUAUUAAAACAAAGGAAGAAAAAUGUAUAAGUUCUUUAUUAUUGGUUUUGUUGUCGCGGCAGUGGCUGCAGUCCCAGCGCCGGAAGCUGGUGCAGUUGAGGGUGUUCCAAAUUUGGAUUGCUUACAACUUGACGAUGAUCUAUUCAGCUGUCUCGCAAUAAAAGCGAAUAAUGCUCUAACUAGAGCGGCGAGAUCCAGCGAUUUUCAACUACUCGAGGGAAUUAAAUUCGUCAGAGAUCCUAAUGUUCCAGUGGAACGAAAUGGAAAGUCUCUCAAACCGGAAACCGAAGUUUUGAAUGAACUUCCACGUGAUAUAACAGAAAGGACCUUGAAUUUGGCAAACAUGCUCUUCGAAUCUGCAAUGACAUUCUUCAAAACGCACAGUUUGAAAGUCAGCAUGUCCGAUGAAACCGUCUCCCGUGCUAUCAAUGAAGGACGUGGAAAAAUUAAGAAAUUGGUUCUCCCCUUGGUUGCUGGAGCCGCAUUGAAAUUAUUCGCCCUCGUACCAAUUCUCUUCGGUGGUUUGGCACUCCUCGUCUUCAAGGCCGUGGUUGUCGGUAAAAUUGCCCUUCUAUUGGCCGCAGUUUUGGCAUUCCAAAGAAUGUUUGGCGCAGGCGCUGGAAUUGGCGGUGGAUUAUUCGGUAAAACUCCACAACCAGUUAGCGGAUGGUACGAUGGACAAAAUAACCAAGCAUGGAGUGGAGCCUCAGCUCAAGGUCAGGGAUACUACAGGAGGAGUUUCGAUGGAACGACCAAAGGUGAUGCACAAAAUCUCGCGUAUUCUGCUCACGCACCAACUAAUAAUGAAACCAAUUAGUUUUUAAAUUGCAAACAAACACAUACACAGAAUAUGCAAAGCAAAAAUGCAUUAUUUUGCGUGCAUAAAAAAUCAUCUUUUCCUCGUUCCGAGAAUCACUCUCUCUCUUCCUCCUUUUAUCUUGGGACAACUCGACUGCUAGGUUUAAUAUUUAUAAAUUAUCAUCAUCUCCUGUAAUUUAUUCCUAAAUUAUUUUGUAAUUUUGUGACAAAUAAAUUAUUGAAUUCUCAUAAUAA